AUCAACCUGUCAUGCCUGUGUAAAUUUACUUUAUAAUUGAUUGGGUUCCGCCAUUAAAAAGAUUAGCAAUACAACAUCAUAACAUGAUCAAUUGUGCUGUAUUAAUAUUAUUGUAGAAAGAAUGAAUGAGAUGAACCAGGGAAAAGGAUAACAAUGGGCGUGUUGCUGUUAAUAUUAAAGUGAAUACGGACAGAUUUGACUUAGCUGCAACCAUGGCAUCGACAGAUAAUCUUUUGCAGAUGGAGGAUGAGGACGCCUUGCCUCUUCUUCCUCUCAACAGGCCCUCCGAUACCAGACAGUCAUUCGGGGCACUACGCCAAAAACAACGCGCUCGCAAAGUCAACGCCAAUAUAACAGAGGCAGAUUUCAUGAUGGAGGAGCACGGCUACGACGCUGACGAAUUAGAAUAUCAAUUCAUGACAAACUUCACCCAGAAACAGAAGCGCCGCACGAUGCUGGUUCUCCACGACGCCUUUUUCCUGAUCUUGGAUUUCCUCCAGUUCUACGCGUUACUGAUGGCCAUAUCGUUGCGCUGGCCCUGGCCGUACAACUGGCUGUAUCCCAACCGAUUUGUCCUUCUCGCCAACCUGGAUUUGUGGGAGUUUUUUAAGAUGAACACCCCUGAUGUAUACAACUCAGCAAGAAAUGGUUUCAUCGACAGCACGCUUAUCGGGUUUGACUACCGGUGGUACGCCCUCGCUUGGGGUGUAUUCAUCUUUCUGAUGAUAACCAUUUAUAUCAUUUUGUACAUCGCUAUGAACUAUCAGAAGAGGUACAACCUGCUCUUGCAAAUCUCUAAACUACAGCGGGCAUACAUUAUCAUGUGUCAGAUUCUGGCAAUGCCGAUUGGUGUGAUGAUGGGGAAGCUCUUCCACUGCAACGCUGAAGACAACAUGGACGUCCACAACGUGACACCCUGCGCAGGUGGGGAACAUCUUGUCUAUGUCGUUGUCCCGUUAGCCCUCUAUGUCGGUCUCUUCAUCAUGCUUCCGAUAUGGCUCAUCAUGAAGACCAGGACGCAGAUCUUUAGCAAUCGCUCAGAACGACACGAGGGAUUCCUGCAACUCAAGGAGAUGGAGUAUGCACAUGGCCUUGACAUUAUCUGGGCUGUCAAGCUGUAUCAUCUCUUCUCUUCCUUCCGUCUUAUCUGGUGCUACUACCGUCCCAUCAUGUUUUUCUUUAAAUUCAUCCUCCUUGGGGCCUAUGCAUCCCUUCUCUGGUACCCCAUGUGGCAGAUGGGCGUAUUCCUUGUCGUCGUGUGCCUCAUGUUUCUAGCGAUUAUAAUCCGACGCCCUUUUCGAAUGACCUCCUUCAAUGUGUGCAUCAUGAUCAAUUUCUUCUGCAUGCUCUGCUUCUCAGUCAUGGGGCUGAUGCAGAAUCUCUUUGACACAAGUUCCGUCUUCUUCCAACAAGAGUUUCUGUUCUCAGAGCUUCUUGCAAUCGCAUCCUUCUGGGUCGUUUUCGCCGUUGCGUGGAUCCUGUACGUCCUACUUCGUUACUUUGGCGUUCUCUGUAAACGCACACCGUUCUGGCCGGAGAUGGUGAGCAGUGACCUCAACAAGUUGAGCCAUGAAACCCGCAAGUUCAUGAAAGCUCUCCUGAAGGGUCGCAUCGUUUUAGAGCACUCCUUAUCAACCUUCCCGCUGUUCAGCCCGGUCCACGAGAUCUCACGGCAGAUCCAGAUUAUCAACGCCUACUGCAGGGAAGCAGAGUUCCUUGGCGACCCCAUCCAUGACACACUAUGGGAUCUUCUGGACGAGCUUAUUGAAGCUCACUCACAUCUCGCUCCCGUCUCGCUCUUCGCAGAGUCUGUCAAAUCUUCAGUUCGUGACACGGCGGGGGAAUUCAUGAAGUUGAUGCCAUCGUUCAAGAAACGGUUGGCUCAGAGGGAGUAUGAUUUCAUCCUGAUGACGCCCAUGAAGAGGAGGAUGCUUCUUAAGAUGUUCACAUUGGGAGUUUUUGUGAAUGGUAAAGUGAACAAAUCUCGACCAGUGGACCAAACGGAUACAGUCCAGAAGUUAUACAACCCUAAGGAGUCACUGGUUCUCCAGCAAAGAAGAACGGAAGGUGAUGAUGGUUUUUAUGAAGACAUUCAUGAAGCGACUGAGGAGAUGGGACCCAGCGGGCUGCGUCUGAAGCAGCAGUACCAGGCAAACAUGAUGAGAAAACCCAUCCUGGAGGAAAUGAGCGACGAGGAAGAGGAGGAGAGGAGUAAGGAGGAGGACGGAAUGGGAUGGAUACGGGAAAGUUCCUCACGAACAGAGAGUGACUUUAUGUCGUCCAUUAAUGAUCGGGAUGCUGAUGAGUUGUCCGAUAUGAUGGCUGGCAUUCCCAGCAGACCUGCAAGCAUGGCCAGCACGGGAUCUCGUGCUGGUUCCUCCAGACAUCGUACACCCUCUGUAACCUCAAAGAAAUCUCGGUCAACUCGUAGAAGCAGUUCGGGCAAGAAAGCCUCGCAUCACAUUCAAGAAGAGCAUGAAUUGAAAGAAGAUAACGCUGUAUAAAGUCUUCAAAACUCAACCCUUUUGGUUAGCAUUCAUUUCUGUACCAUAUCACCUUUUUUUUAACUACAAAAACUGACUUUGUACAUUCUGUGACAUUUCUUGCUUAAAGCCAUUGGACACUUUUGGGAAA